GAAACAGGGUUAUUAAAGUGCUAGUAAUCGACAACGCUUUAUUUUUCUGUAUGUCCGGUCAUAAGGUAGAAAUUCGUCGCUGGAAAUUUUGUGAUUCGAUGUUCCAAUCGCAAGUAAAUUCGCAAACAUGAUUCGCAUUUUUAUGCUGGUUGUCGCAAUCUUUGCGAUGAUCGACGCGCAAUUGCAGAGGCUUUUAUUACACAAGACGGAUUAUAUUCGACAUACUUUGAAAAAGCGUGACAUUGACAUUCCAAAAGUUUCUAUGACCAAAGGUAAUACGAGUACUCUUCCUAAGGUGCGUUUAUGCAAUUAUUUAGAUGCUCAGUAUUACGCUGUUAUUACUAUCGGAACACCACCGCAGGAAUUUAAAGUACUGAUUGAUACUGGUUCCUCAGAUCUUUGGGUACCAUCCCAAAGAUGCAACCGUUCAGUCUCUGCUUGCGACCUGCAUAAGGAAUAUAAUAGUACAAAAUCCAGCACAUAUAUACCAAAUGGUACUGCGAUUGAGAUUAGAUAUAGCAGUGGCGGUAUAGCUGGAUUUUUAUCCACUGAUGUAGUGAAUAUUGCCGGUCUCAAUGUUCAAAAUCAAACAUUUGGGGAAGUAACACACAUGUUAGGCGUUACGUUCACUUAUGCAAAAUUUGAUGGUAUUUUGGGCAUAGGUUAUUCCACGUGGGCCCUCAACAAUGUAACGCCUGUGUUUUACAAUAUGGUAACACAAGGCCUAGUGUCAUCAGCCGUUGUCAGCUUUUAUUUGAAUAAAGGUUCUUCGGACAAUGUCGGUGGUGAAUUAAUAUUGGGUGGUACUGAUCCCGCUUAUUACGAAGGCGAGUUGACGUAUGUUCCUGUUACUGAGAAAGAAGACUGGAAAUUUAUUAUAAAUGAGAUCAGAAUACAUAAUUAUACCUUCUGCGCGGGUGACUGUCGAGCUAUCGCUGAUACAGGUACCUCAUUAAUAUAUGGACCACUAUCGGACAUCUCAAUUAUUAAUGAACUUAUUGGAACUUAUGAACAGUAUAAUAUAAACUGCACCAAGAAAAACUCUAUUGACAUGCCAGUAAUCAGUUUUAUUAUGGGUCCUGGUAAAAUGUUCAAUCUUACCAAUCAGGAUUACAUCGUACCGAUACCAAUAGAGAAUCUCACGGAGUGUGACAGCGGUUUUAGACCACAUAACACUACUAAGUUUUGGGUUCUAGGGGAUGUAUUUCUUCGCCGUUAUUAUAGUGUGUUUGAUUUUGAAAAAGACCGAGUCGGAUUUGCUCCAGCGAAACAAAUGUCGAUUACUAUAUCUUAAAAUUAUAUAAUAAGAAAACAUCGUAUUUAAAUGAUAAAUUCGUGAUUAUUUUAGUAA